GCAGCACCGCUCUACUUUACUCUUUACAUUUUCAUAGUUAACAUGUCAAGCUCCACAUUCAUCGUUACCUUCAAGAGGGAUACCCCCCAAGACGUUAUCGACAAGCAUAUGGAGGAGGCCAAGUCAAAAGGCUGCAAAAUCAACCACGUCUACAAGACCACCACGAAGGGAUACUCUGUCGAAGUUCCUGAUGACGCCGUUAACUCUUUGUCCAUGCACGAGAACAUCGUUGCUAUCGAAGCCGAUGGCGAAGUCACUACUCAAGGAAAGGCUCUCCUCAAGCAGUAGAUAUCAAGGAUAUAUCAUCCAUUUUCAUUCUUAAGUUGUAGCUCUUCUAGAGGAUUUACUGUACAAUAAAAACAGCACCUUCUCAUAAACAAUUUCUUCUCAACUCGUUGUCAUCCUGAA